AUGAACAAUCCAAUCAUGAGGCUGAAUAAGCAUUUGGUUGCAUUCGUAGCUUUCAGGAUGUUGGGAGCCUUUUUCGUGAGAACGUAUUUCGUUCCGGAUGAAUAUUGGCAAUCUCUCGAAAUUGCGUAUCGGUCAGUUUUCGGGUAUGGAUAUGAAACUUGGGAAUGGCGCCGAGGCAUCCGAAGUUAUUUGUAUCCAACGAUGUUCGCAAUAUUUUAUCGAGUUAUUGACUUCUUCGGUCUCUCUCGAUCGUAUUUUUCCAUGACAAUGGGUCCAAAGUUAUUUCAAAGCGCGAUUUGCGGAUAUGGGGAUUAUGGUUUGUACGUGGCUUCAAGAAAUGCGUUCGGUCCGAAAGCGGCCAAAUGGACAGCAGCUUUACAGCUCACUUCAUGGCUAGUCUUCUUCAUGUCAUCAAGAACCUUGACGAACACUGCUGAAAUGUGCUUGUUGGGGAUGGGAUUGAAGUAUUUUCCGUGGCGGGAACCCGAGAAACUCUCGGCUGGAUACAUGUUCUUCGCGGCAUUGUCUUUCUGCAUUCGACCAACGUCUGCUGUGUUGUGGCUGCCGUUUCUGAUCUACCAUUUCCUGAUGUCUCAUCGCAAAGCCGAUAUUUUUGCCACAGCUGGAUUCAUAGGCUUCAUGGUCAUUGGAAUAUCGACUGCCCUCGAUACACACAUGUCAGGACGAACAGUGUUCACGAUGUGGGAGUUCGUGAAGGUGAACUUUUUCGAAGCAGUUGGAGAUCACUAUGGAUCGCUCCCGUGGCACUGGUAUCUCAGCAUCGGAUUGCCGACCGCUCUCAGUUUCCAUGUUCUUCCUUUUGUAUUUGCAAUUUUGCAAACCCUACGCAAGUCAAGUGUUGGAAGUGAUAAGUGGCCAGUGAUCGCCAGCAUUGUUUUGUACGUCGCCAUGCUCAGUGUUGUGUCGCACAAGGAGCAUAGAUUUCUAGCUCCGGUUAUGCCGCUGAUCAACAUGCUUGGUGGUCUGUGGCUGGCAGAUUCGUUGGAGAAACGGAAAUCCAAAGAAGAAAAGCCCCGGAAGACUGCGUGGAUACUUGCUGGCCUGUUUCUUGCCAAUUUCCCCAUUGCCAUAUUCUGCGGCACGAUGCAUCAAUAUGCACCGAUACAAGUGAUGCGAUUUUUGCACGAUUACGUUGGCGAUGGACCCAAGUUGGACAGCAGUGGCAUAUUAUUUUUAACGCCUUGUCACUCGACGCCAUUUUAUAGCCAUUUGUUGAGAAACGUUCCGAUGCAGUUUCUGACGUGCGAGCCUCAACAGUCGCCGGACGAAGCAGACAGAUUUUUUGCGGACCCGCUGAAUGCCAUUGAUUUGUAUCCCGUGGAGAAAUUUAGUCACGUCGUGAUUUUUGACUCUUUGCUCGAGAUCCUCACUCGGAAAUAUUUUGCAGACCGGAAGUUCACCGUGUGCGCCAAAUUUUUCCACUCGUUUUUCCCUGACGCGCGACGCGGACGUGAGCUGUUCGUAUUAUGCAGAAAGUGAACACCUUGGUCAAGCUUCUAUUGAUAUCUUCGUGAUUAACGUGGAUGACGGAAGAAAUUAGGACCCCUGGUUGUUUGUUACGUGUUUUCGAGCCACUGUUGGCUCAUGUUGAUUUCGAUUUCGGUCAAAAUACUGUACUACUUUCAGUAUUUCAGGGGUUCUUCUUUCAAAUUUGCGAUUGGAUUUCGAGAACUCUUGGAUGCAAAUAUUCAUGAAGACCAACUUGGUAAAUUGUUCGAGUUUCCCAUUUGUUUUGUGCCAUCUUAAAUCUUUCUUAUCCCGCUGAUGACAUUCGAAUGAUAAUAAGGAAUGAACACGAACUGGAUACAAUCGGAAAUUUGAUUGUCAUUAGCUGUGUAAAGCAUGUUUUACUCUUUGGUUUCUGGUCAUAUGAGGUUGAAGAAAAAUGGAAAUGGAUGAGCGAUUAAUUGUAGCAUCUCCCAAGCUACGAUCGGUAAAUUUAAAAUUUUCGAAGUGUUCCUAAACUUCGCAUUGCGUGAAGACGGGUCUCCAAUCGAACAAAAAAAUUUGAACGAACGUUUCAGCAAUUGACACGCAAAAUGUGAAAUUAUUUCUAAACGAUAAAGUUAGAAAAGGACUUGGGGCGAAUGCGUUGCCAAUUUGACAAAUAUUUAUCCAUUGUUCCGGACACUGGAAAAACGAAUUAAAUGAGCGCUAUAUCCAUGCAUUGUUCAGUAACAAAUUAUUUUCAACUUAUCAUUUUCAUUGCCGUCUAGAAGAGCAAAAAUUCUUAUUCGAAUGUUUGGGGGAGUUCUUAUUCAUCUGAUUGACUGUCUUCAAAGACAUAUUACCUAAGAAGUGCGACCAUCUUAGAAAGAUUUUUCAGAUUCAUUUUGGUAACUUCUGUGGUGCAGACAACAGUGUUCAUGUGUUCAUUAACGUACCCUCAACCCGGGUUUUGGGAGUUAUCAGCAUUAUUGAAGACAUUGACGAGGCGGGGAAAAUAAAAACUUGGUUCAUCGGUGAUA